CUGAUCAAGAUCACAGCAUUGAUUUUGGAGAGAUGGACCUGGCAGUGAAUGCUGUUGCUGGAGCGCUGAAGGCUUUCUUUGCUGACCUGCCUGACCCUCUGAUCCCCUACAGCCUGCACCCAGAGCUGGUGGAAGCUGCAAAACUCAUGGACUACAUUGAGCGGCUAGAGGUGUUGCGAGAGAUUGUGAAGAAGUUUCCUCCCAUAAACUACCAGAUCUUCAAAUACAUAAUGACACAUCUGAACAGGGUGAGCCAGCAUAGCAAGACCACCCUGAUGACAGCCGACAACCUGUCCAUCUGCUUCUGGCCCACCCUCAUGCGUCCUGACUUUGAGAACAGGGACACACUGUCCACCACGAAGCUCAACCAGGCCGUCAUCGAGACAUUCAUCGUGCAGAGCGACUAUUUCUUCCAUGGGGGUGACGUGGCCGAGAGCUCCAGCAACGAGGGAACACCCCCACCACAUUGCCACAACAUGGUGGAGGCUCUUCUGCCCCUGCAGCUGCCCCCCCCUCUGCAGCCCCAGCAGAUACAACACACGCUGCCCCCUGACCCCCUCAUUUAACACACCAAUAGGUAUUCUGGGGCAUCGGGAGUUCAGUAUGUGCUUCCAGCUGCAAACAUAGGGAGUUGCUGGAGGUGCUUCUUCUGAUUCACAUCAGUGGGUGGCUGAUGGCAGUUCAACACAUCAUAGCUGUUCUUUUUUUUUCUCAUAUUCUUUCAGCUUUGGUUUCAGAGAGUGCUUGGUGGGAUGUUGGACCAGUCCAGAUCUGGGAGACGGAUUCAUUUUGGAAGCUCAGUCUGGAUUAUGGAAUUGCACGUCACAUUAUGGAUUGCAUAAUUUAGAUCAAACUGAAUACAGUGAGGAAUGAGCUGAUCUAGGCACAUAAUGCUAGUUCUUUAUAGGAGUCAAACCUAGUUCCAGAGUUUUUCAACAUAUUUGGGGCAAAGACUCCAUCUCUACCCUCAUGGAAAAGCACCCUAAGUUUUUUUUUUUUUUUUUGUCCUGUUACAGGCCCAGCCUCCUGAUGCCAUCUGGGCAUUACAACUUAUACUCUCAUCUGAAAACCUGAUGAGUGUAUAAUGAUAAUGACAUACACACCAAGGGGAUUCUAGUCUUCCUACAGAUUCUGGCACAGGAAAACAGUUUCUGACUUAAAGUCAUUUCGGGACAUGUUUGAGUCCUCAACCUGUGAAACUAAAACAGGAUUCUGAACUUUAAGCCCUGCACCUUUAAUGUUUUCAGGAGGUGAUGGGUUUUCAAUACUAAACAAUUCUUUUUCCACUACACAAGCCUAAAGGAACCCUUAAAGGACAGCCCAUGCACGACUAGUGUCAAUGGUCCAUGUUGCAAUUCAUGUUGUUAGCUUGCUUUAUCCUGUCAUGUUUUUUUUAUAUUUUGGUAACAUCUAAUUUCUAUCCAUGUUGUGUGUCUGUGUGGGUGUGUGUUUGCUGUUGUGUAACAAUGCUGAUGUGUUGGAUGAUUUAUCUGUACAAACUUACAUGUGGUCGGCGUUCCGGCCUCUUCCGGGGAGGACGGGUUCUGAAGACUGGUGUCACUCUGUCCAGGAGGACCAGGCUUAACUUCUCGUGCUCAGUUCUUCAGUUUCUUAAAGCGACAGCUCCCCGUGUCUUCUUGGCUUUGUCACCCUAUUUCCUUAAUUUCUUUAUUUCUCUUUGUCAGAAAAUGUGCAUGUUUUUACCACUUUAUGAAAAAAAGACAACUACUCAAAAUUAAGUGAAAAACUUUAACAUUAUGAGUUAGGAUCCCCACCACUUUAUUUGAUUUUUUAAGGGCAAUAUUUCAACAGAAAAAAAAAAUCUCAUUUGCAUUACCUUUUUUGUUGUUCCUGGAGGAAAUCAUGUCUUUAAUAUCAUAUUUUUUUCUUAAUAUAGUUCCCUAAAUAGAGGAAAGAAGUAUAUAAGUCUAUAUAUAAAUAUAUGUCUCUGAGCAGCACAAGUUUCUUAAGUAAAAAACUACCAUGGGGUACUGGAUCCUAA